GGGAGGGAGGGGGGAGGGGCGGGAUUUCCUGCGGGAGGCGCCGAGCCGGCCUUGGAAAAGGAGAAGGAGAAAGGGGGGCAGGGGGGGAGUGGGAGCCACCGUCCAGAGUGCCAGGGACCGAGCAGGGCCAGCCGGACCCCGGCGGGCGGCCGGGAAAGGCUGUGGCCCAGCAUUCAACAGAGACACUGCCCCUUUUCCAGACCCCUGGGACCCGUGCUGCCUGAAGCCCAAGGGAAUACUGGCUGCUGUCUGGGUAGGCACUGCUGUUCCCCAGCCAAGCCAGGAAGAUUGGUGUGCCCAGUUCCAACCCAUCCUGGAGCUGUCUAAAGCCACAAGCUGAUAUCCAUCCAGAUUUCCACGUAACGUCCACCCCACAAAGAUUGGCUUUCCUUCCUGUGGUGGCAGUUCACAGAGCACCUUUGGGAGUGUCCCCCAGCACCUGACGAGGAGCCUGCUGCCUGGGACACUAGACUUGCUCCCCCAGAACUGGGAGCCCUCCAAGGAGCUGCGGCAUGGUGCUCUGACACCCCAGCUUGGACCCUUGCCUGCCUUUGCCCUGGACUCCUGAGCGCAGAGCUCAGACCAGGAGCCAGGAUGGGUCGUGAACAGGACCUGAUCCUCGCUGUCAAGAAUGGAGAUGUGACCGGUGUGCAGAAACUGGUGGCGAAGGUCAAGGCCACAAAGACAAAGCUCCUGGGCUCCACAAAGAGGCUGAACGUGAACUACCAGGACGCUGAUGGAUUCUCUGCCCUCCAUCACGCCGCUUUGGGGGGCAGCCUGGAGCUCAUAGCCUUGCUGCUAGAGGCUCAGGCCACUGUUGACAUCAAGGACAGCAACGGCAUGCGCCCACUGCACUAUGCAGCUUGGCAGGGCCGGCUGGAGCCCGUGAGGCUGCUGCUGCGUGCCUCUGCGGCCGUCAAUGCCGCCUCACUGGACGGGCAGAUCCCCCUGCACCUGGCCGCGCAGUAUGGACACUAUGAGGUGUCAGAAAUGCUCCUCCAGCAUCAGUCCAACCCGUGCCUGGUCAACAAGGCCAAGAAGACACCCCUGGAUCUGGCCUGUGAAUUUGGCCGACUCAAGGUGGCCCAGCUGCUACUGAACAGCCACUUAUGUGUGGCACUACUGGAGGGCGAGGCCAAGGACCCGUGUGACCCCAACUACACCACACCCCUGCAUUUGGCGGCCAAGAAUGGCCACAGAGAAGUCAUCAGGCAGCUCCUGAGAGCCGGGAUCGAGAUCAACCGCCAGACCAAGACGGGCACAGCGCUCCACGAGGCCGCACUGUACGGCAAGACCGAGGUGGUGCGGCUGCUCCUGGAGGGAGGUGUGGACGUGAACAUCCGGAAUACAUAUAACCAGACGGCGCUGGACAUAGUGAAUCAGUUCACCACCUCCCAGGCCAGCCGGGAAAUCAAGCAGCUACUGCGGGAGGCCUCAGGGAUCCUGAAGGUCCGAGCCCUCAAGGAUUUCUGGAACCUCCACGAUCCCACUGCUCUCAAUGUCCGGGCAGGGGAUGUCAUCACGGUGCUAGAACAGCAUCCCGACGGCCGCUGGAAGGGCCACAUCCAUGAGAGCCAAAAGGGCACAGACCGAAUAGGCUACUUCCCCCCGGGCAUCGUCGAGGUGGUCAGCAAGCGGGUGGGUGUCCCUGCAGCCCGCCUCCCCUCCGCACCCACCCCCCUGCGCCCAGGCUUCUCCCGGACACCGCAGCCUCCUGCAGAUGACCCCCUGCACCCUCUUACCUACGGCCAGCUUCCUCGGGUGGGCCUCAGCCCAGACAGCCCAGCAGGUGACAGGAAUAGCGUGGGCAGCGAGGGCAGUGUGGGUAGUAUCCGCAGCGCUGGCAGCGGGCAGAGCUCCGAGGGCACUAACGGCCACGGCCCUGGCCUCCUGAUUGAGAAUGCCCAGCCACUGCCCUCAGCCGGAGAGGACCAGGUGCUGCCGGGACUCCACCCACCAUCCCUGGCAGACAACCUGAGCCACCGCCCUCUGGCCAACUGCCGCUCUGGGGAGCAGAUCUUCACCCAGGACGUGCGGCCGGAACAGCUGCUGGAGGGGAAGGACGCACAGGCUAUUUAUAACUGGCUGAGUGAAUUCCAGCUGGAGGGCUACACUGCCCACUUUCUGCAGGCCGGCUAUGACGUGCCUACCAUCAGCCGCAUGACGCCUGAGGAUCUGACAGCCAUCGGGGUGACCAAGCCUGGCCACAGGAAGAAGAUCGCCUCAGAGAUUGCUCAGCUCAGCAUCGCUGAGUGGCUUCCCACCUACAUCCCGACGGACCUGCUGGAGUGGCUGUGUGCACUGGGGCUGCCGCAGUACCACAAGCAGCUGGUGAGCAGCGGCUACGAUUCCAUGGGGUUGGUGACUGACCUCACCUGGGAGGAGCUGCAGGAGAUCGGGGUCAACAAGCUCGGGCAUCAGAAGAAGCUUAUGCUGGGGGUGAAGCGGCUGGCAGAGCUUCGGCGGGGCUUGCUGCAGGGAGAGGCCCUCGGUGAAGGCGGGCACCGGCUGGCCAAGGGUCCAGAGCUGAUGGCCAUCGAGGGCCUGGAGAACGGGGAAGGCCCGGCUACCGCCGGCCGGCGGCUCCUCACCUUCCAGGGCAGCGAGCUGAGCCCAGAGCUACAGGCAGCCAUGGCAGGGGGUGGCCCUGAGCCACUCCCCCUCCCACCUACCCGCUCUCCCAGCCAGGAGAGCAUCGGGGCACGCUCACGGGGGUCCGGCCACUCACAGGAACAGCCUGCCCUACAGCCUGGCGUUGGAGAUCCUAGCACCCCCCAGGAGAGGAACCUUCCAGAGGGCACAGAGCGACCCCCUAAGCUUUGUACCCUACUUCCUGGCCAAGGACCCCCACCCUAUGUUUUUAUGAGCCCCCAGGGUUCCCCCUCCAGCCCGGCCCCAGGGCCACCUCCUGGCGCACCCUGGGCCUUCUCCUACUUGGCUGGGCCCCCUGCCACUCCCCCAGACCCGCCUCGACCUAAGCGCCGGUCCCACAGCCUGAGCCGCCCUGGCCCUGCGGAGGGGGAUGCUGAGGGGGAGGCCAAAGGGCCAGUGGGCAGUGCCCUGGGCAGUUAUGCAACCCUUACCCGGCGGCCAGGACGCAGCGCCCUUGCCCGGACCAGUCCUAGCACCACCCCAACCCCAGCUCGGGGGACUCCUCGAAGCCAGUCCUUCGCCCUGCGGGCCCGGCGCAAAGGCCCCCCACCCCCACCCCCCAAGCGCCUCAGCUCUGUCUCUGGCCCUACCCCAGAGCCACCUCCCCUAGACGGGAGCCCAGGGCCCAAAGAGGGGGCCUCAGGGCCCCGAAGGCGAACACUGAGUGAACCCGCUGGCCCCUCAGAGCCCCCUGGCCUACCUGCCCAGUCGGGGCCCUCAUCGGACACGGAGGAGGAGGAGCCAGGCCCCGAGGGGACGCCCCCAUCCCGGGGCAGCUCUGGGGAAGGGCUGCCGUUUGCAGAGGAAGGGAACCUGACCAUCAAACAACGGCCAAAGCCCGCUGGCCCCCCACCCCGAGAGACAUCCGUGCCCCCGGGCCUCGAUUUCAACCUCACAGAAUCAGACACUGUUAAGCGGAGGCCCAAGUGCCGGGAGAGAGAGCCGCUGCAGACCGCCCUGCUGGCCUUCGGAGUGGCCAGCGCCACGCCUGGCCCUGCUGCCCCCCCGCCCUCCCCAGCUCCUGGCGAGUCUCCUUCAGCUUCUCCUAGCCCUCCUCAGCCUGAGCCCAGCAGCCUUCCAGCCCGAGGAGCCCCAGCCCCCCUUGCUCCCAGCCCCGCCACACAGCCCUCGGUGCUGCCCUGCCCAGGGCCGGGUCUGGAGAGCUCAGUGGCUAGUCAGCAGACUGGGGAGACAGAACCCCCAGCCGCCCCUGCUGCCCUCCUCAAGGUGCCCGGAGCAGGAACAGCCCCCAAGCCUGUAUCGGUGGCCUGCACCCAGCUGGCAUUUUCUGGCCCAAAGCUAGCGCCCCGGCUCGGCCCCCGUCCAGUGCCUCCUCCACGGCCUGAGAGCACUGGGACUGUGGGCCCAGGCCAGGCCCAGCAGAGACUGGAGCAGACCAGCUCGUCCCUGGCAGCUGCACUGAGAGCUGCAGAGAAGAGCAUUGGCACGGAGGAGCAAGAGGGCGCCCCCAGCGCCUCCACCAAGCACAUUCUGGAUGACAUCAGCACCAUGUUCGACGCCCUGGCUGACCAGCUGGACGCCAUGCUGGACUGAGCCCUCCAGCAGUGCCCACUAUGACCUGCCGACGUCCACUGCCUUUGCCCCAGCACAGAAGAGACCCCUGUCCUCUAAAAAAAAAAAAAAAAAA